AACACUGUUGUGUGUACCUCAGUCUUCACUCCUCAAGCCUACGGUUGUUAGGGUUAGGGCUCUUAACUCUGGAGAUUCUUCUUCCCCUCCUUCACUCUCAUCCAAUGGACCCAACAAAGAAGCGUAAGCUCGAAGAGAACGGUGUCGUCCCCUCCACAGAAAACGACUCCUCCCACCCGAAACUCACCCCCGAAGACGUCCGCAAAUUAGUCGACCGCAUCGACAAGGACAAGCUCAUCGAUAUCGUGGCGGCCGCUGCUUCCCGCCACGCCGACGUUCUGGACGGCGUCAGAUCCCUCGCCGACUCCGAUGCCUCCCAGCGCAAGCUCUUCAUCCGCGGCCUCGGCUGGGACACCACCACGGAUGGCCUCCGCAGCCUCUUCUCCUCCUACGGCGAGCUCGAGGAGGCCGUCGUUAUCCUCGACAAGCAGACCGGUAAGUCUAAGGGAUACGGCUUCGUCACCUUCAAGCACGUAGACGGCGCGUUCCUCGCUCUGAAGGAGCCCAGCAAGCGGAUUGACGGUCGCGUGACCGUUACGCAGCUCGCCGCCGCAGGGAACUCUGGUAACAACGUAAACGCGAACUCAGCAGACGUGUCGAUGCGGAAGAUCUACGUCUGGGAGGUUCCGCAUGACAUGUCUCCGGAUAAGCUGUUGUCCCACUUCUCGUCGUACGGGGAGAUCGAAGAGGGGCCUUUGGGGUUCGACAGGUUCACUGGGAAGUCGAAGGGUUUCGCUCUCUUCGUGUAUAAGACCGCCGAGGGAGCACAGAUGGCGUUGGCUAAUCCGGUGAAGACGAUCGACGGGAGGCAGUUGAAUUGUAAAUUGGCGAACGCAGAUGGGAAGAAAGGAAAGCAAGGAGGGCCGCCCGGACAAGUCGGGCCAGAUGGUGUUCCGGGCCAACUUUCGGGUACUGGGAAUGACGGGAUGGGUAUGGGUAUGGGUAUGGGUAUGGGUAUGGGAAUGGGAAUGGCGCAGGGUCCGAUUCCAGGGUCGCAGUACGGCGGGCCAGGCUCAAUCGGCACGUAUGGAGCGUUUCCUGGUGCACCGCCGAUGGGGAAUCAUUCAAUGAACUCGUCCUCGUUGGGUGGGCCGGGGCUGUCUUCAGUUAAUAGCCAGGCGCCAUCGUCUUUGGGUGGGACUGCUGGCUAUGGUACUGGGCUAGCUGGGCCGUAUGGUGGGUAUGGGGGCAUUGGUGGGACUAGUGGGGGUUUGGGCGCUGGUGCUGCUUCGGGUGGGUCCUCUUCGUUGUAUAGAUUUCCGCCAAGUUCGGUGGGAAUGCCCUCUGGUGGGUAUCCGGACAGUGCGCAUUAUAGCUUGACGUCAUCGGCGGGGUAUCCGACUCAGCACCACCAGCCAGCCGGAACCUCGCCGGUGCCAAGGGUUCCACCUAGUGGAGGAAUGUACCCUAACGUGCCGCAUUAUUUUUGAGCAAUUUAACCAAAAAUGGAUCAAGUAAAGGCUUGGAAGAUUGAAACUGAUGUUGCUUCCAGUAUGAUACUCAUAUGCUCUGUUUAAUGCAACCUUCAUAUUUGUCGUUGCCCAUGUGCAAAUGUGGAAGGCUUGUUAUUAGUUUAUCUUGGAAUAUUUAAUUAACAUUUUUAAUACAAAGUCCGGUUCUAGUUAUGCAUCCUCUCAAAUGAAACUUAUUUUUUUGUUUGUUACUGACUUGGUGCUACCUUCUAUGUAUACUGCUUUUCCAGUUGUAUCUUUUACAAAGAGAGAAUAUGGAAGUUGCCUCCUGACUUCCAAUAUUUUUUCUUACAUCAUGAUCCAUUUUGUUUUAUUAUAAGGUUUCUUUCUGUGUUCUGAUGUUAUGAUUCUUGCUACUUUGUUUGCCCAGUACUUCUUUAUAAGAUGCCCUGAAUUCUGUGUCACACGAUCUUUGUUUUUGUUUGUGGCUAGGAAAGACAUGAGCGGUUUCUUUUAGUGGUGCCCAAAGAAGGUAUACUUUUGUCUGUUUGUUUGUUUGGUUUGAUUAUCAUUGAGUUCGAAUGAAAUGAACUCUGUUUUGCGUGAUGAAUGUGGAAUGAUAUAUUGAGUUGUGAAUGGAUGUUUGAUUCAGGUGUAUGAGAGCUUAUUCGGCGCUGAUGCUUUAUGUGGUUCUGGUGAUUGCGUUAUUGCAGAGUUUGAUGAAUGCAUUAGCUGUUCCUUUACAGCCUCUCCGUCUUCACCUUUUGUAUUGUGGUUCUUUUGAGUGCUUGUAGUCAAGGCAACUGAGUUAGACUAGUUAUGUACUUCAAUCAGGAACCAUUGUGUCCAUCUUGGGUUUUUUAGUCAAUAAUAUAGUUUUAGUAACACAAGUAAUGAAACUAUGUUUUGCCUUCGUUAUUUGAGUGGAUGUUUGGUUUCAUAUAUUUCAGGUCAAGAUUUCCUGUCUUUUAUAUGGCUUCUCCUUGGUAUAUUUACUUCUUCAACCACGCUCUACAUAACUUAUAAAUGCAAGAAAAUAUUUUUUUAAUAAAUGCAAUUAUAAAAAAAUAUAAAAAUAAAUGUAUGGUAUGUUUGGUGAUGAAGAAGUCUGCAGGGGAAGGUUUAUUUACUUGCUUGAUGAAAUAGAAUAUGUUGUAUGGUGCAAUCAACCUCCUAGUGGGGAUUUCAGUGCUCCUUGUACAUGCUGUUUUGGCAGUUGUAUAUUUAAGAUGGUGUGCACUAUCUAUGUUGGAUUUUCUUUUAUCCCAGCUGUUAUGUUUUGUAGGUGAUUUUAUUUUUCGAGUUAGUUGUGCGGUAGGUACACUGUUUAUAUUUCUGUCUAAGUUUGUCAUGUUCGUGCACAAUAUGGUUUGUUUGAGUUUAUAUUUGAAUUGUGGCACAAUCGUCUUGUGGGAUCAGAGAGCUCAUUUUGUAUGCCAGUGGUUAAUUAAGUUCUUUGCUUUUUGUGUUGGUUAUUGUGGAAGUUGUACUGUGCUAAAUGAAGGUGCCUGCUUUCGUGACCUUGUCAUUGUACUUUCUUGCAUUGGCUGUGGAACACCAAGGGAUCUGUAGUUGACACUUGUUAAGGGGAUGUUGUGAACUGAUAGAUGUGUUCCAGUCUCAGAUACCUGGGUUCCAUGAGUGUCAGUUGGAGAUGUGUCGUGGUUACCAUUAUGUUUUUUUUUCUUUUUUUCUUGUUUCCACUCAAUAUUUUAAUCUUUCUACAUAUUACAUCAGAAAAAGGCUGCAUUGUGUUUUCAACCCAGAUCUUCACUACCGUCCAAAAUAAUUUGUGCUCUAGAAGGCAUGCUUUUCAAUUUGUGGUGUGAGCAGUGGCUGAUUGUUUUUAUUUAGCUUUGUAACUUGCUAGACCUGUCUGCUCCGAGUUUUUUUCAUUUUUCAUUUUAAUUUUCAUGAAUCCUUCUCUCUCUCUCUCUCUCUCUCUCAUGUAGUUUGCCUUCUGACUAAGAUGCAUUUCGGAGAUGGUCUAUAUCCGUUUAUCUUGAAUUUCAAUAGUUACCAAGUUUAAAUUUUCCAUUUUUGCUGAACUUGCGAAAUCUAUUUCACAACUUCGUGAAGUUAGUCAUUGACUCAAGCCGUUUUGGCUGCUUUUCAUAAAAGAUUGUCUCAGUAUUGCAGCCUGGAUCACACUAGGAUUGUAAUAAGUUGGGUUGCCAAAUUGGGCGGCAUUUCUGUCGCGAAUUGUGUUGAGCAUGCUUAAAAUUAAGGUAUGGUAUUGAGGUACCUUUUAGAGUUUUGUUUACGAGCAUGCCAAAUUAGGAGAUUUCUUUGUCACGAGUAUGGAGAAUUUUGGAGACUGAAAUAGACCCCACAAUACCCUUUUUAGAGUUUUGGUACGAUUUGCUCCCUCCAAUUAAGUGUGGUCUUGGCAGUGACUGUUAUUAUUAGAGAAAUACUCUAGUCACAAAAAGAUUACACAAAAGUAAUCCCACAAACUGACGUAACUUGAUGUGGUUCGUUAGAUUAUAAAGUUACUUUUAUCAUAAAGUUGAUCUAAUGGAUCAGAUAAAGUCACGUCAGUUUGUUGGAUUGUUUUUGUAUAAUUUCUUUGUAAAUGUAGCAGUCUACAUAUUUCUCACAAGAAGGUCGUUGACACCUCAUCAGUAAUCCUUGUUUAUUUUUAUAGAAAUGCAUAUGAAACUGAACUUGCCUGGUAUUUAAUGGUAUGUAUAGGCAAAUGGAUUAAAACUUCUAGGACGUUGGCUGGACUAGACCAUGGCAAUUGUGUGACAUGGAACUGGUUGAGACUAAAUUAGUGGCUGACUUCGUCUUUGUUUCUUGGUUUCUUUUCCCCAUCCUGUCGACUUGUGUAUGUGUUGCUUUUGUGUUUGGCUGGUAUGAGGCCGAAACUGGGGGGCCCGAGAUAAUUGUCGGAGCAUGGCUGGCCGAGAUGAGGCUGGAUGGAUGUGCAACCCUUGCCGCUGCAUAAUUUCCUGAACCUGCGGCCGUUGCCAUUUUGUGUACCGUGGACUACAAUGUAUUUAAUAGCUACUAUAUUUUCCCAUUUCAAUUGAAAAAGAAAACCAUAUUAGAUACGGUGUACAUGUAAGUAGAGGCAAUGAAGUUGAAUGGGUGUAGAUACGGUUGCAUGUGUGAUUUCUCAACAGUAAUUAGCCUUC